GGAAAGCAUCAUUCUUGCUACAUACAGUAUUACUAGAAUAUUUUGCUGUUGGUGAAAACCUUUGCGAAUCAGCCAAAUCGGCAACCCUUUGCGAUCUAACUAUUUCGUUCUGGCAAAAAUUCGCAUAUGCUCGCUGUAAUACGGUAACUGUGAGGAGUGUUGUUAUUAUGGUGGUUGGUUUGCAGGUCUGGGGAUAUGGCCGCCAACAGGGAAGCUCAGAGGAAGGCUACACACAAUGAAGUUGAGCGUCGGCGUCGGGACAGGAUCAACGAGCUCAUCAAGGUACUGGCUCAGAUAGUGCCUGCUUGUCAGAAGAAAGACGCAACUACUGGUUCCAUUGUCGGGUAUGUGUACAGCAAGGGAACGGUACUGGACAAGACAGUCGACUACUUGAAAGAGCUCGUGUUUCAAAACGAACAACUCACAGCCAGUGCCAAAAUCGCAGAGAAAUCAACCAACGCUUUAGCAAUGCUUCAAAACCAGAUCCAAGUCCUAGAGAAAGAGAACGCAUUUCUUCGAGCACAGAUUAUCCAGUUUGGAAUCGAUGCAGCUGCCUCUUCUGGUCAAAAGCAACCUAACCAGCAACUUCUAAACUCUCCUCUGGCCCAGAGUCUCCUCAACACAGUAGUGACCCACUCACCACCGACCACUUCUGUCUCCCCUCCACAACAAUCCACACAACAAACUAACAAUGUAGCAGCACAGCAACUACUACUAUCCCUGGCACAGAACCUCACCAACAGCCCUCUGUUGACCUCACUGGCACACAACCAAACACCAAGUUCUAUCUCAUCCCUACAACAACUUGGUGGCAUUGUCUCCAGCCUGACACCUUCGCAAGCACAACCUAUGCACUUGUCAGCUUCGUCACAAUUCUCUCCUCUCUUACAAUCAUCGCUGCCGACUGGAGCCUCUAAUCCAAACACACCACUCUUAAGCUCACUCGUACAAACUCUAUCCUCCAUUGCGAGCACGACCACUUCUCCGUCCACUCCUGUACCGAAAUCCUCCAUGCUGUCACAAGCCAACAACAAUGGCGGGGGUGGUGGUGGUGGUGGUCUCUCUGCCGCGGCUGCUGCUAGUCUGCUCAACACUCUGAUUCUGGCUCAGAAUGUGCUCACAAGCAACUCAAGUGCUGGUAGCCCCGGGCAAGAUUCAAUGUCUAUGGAAACGGUGGACCAAUCCUCUCAACAGUAGUGUACAGUAUAUUAUAAUUGUGGACUGUUUAUACUGUUCUAGUUUUAACGUGUGUUUUUUAGUAAUCUCUCCUUCACUUACUAUAGCUACAUUGUCAGUAUUAUUAUGUAUACAUAGUUUUUAUACAUGAUAUUUGUGUUAUUGAA